AUGUCAACGACUAAGGCUCUGGAAGAGGCGAGGGUCAACUUCGCCAGCAGCAACCCGGGAAGUGAGAAAGUUUUCAAAGAGAACCUCUUGGGAUUGCCUGGUGGUGUGACGAGGGGUGGCCUCUACUUUCACCCCUUUCCUAUCAUCCUCACCAAAGGUGAAGGAGUUCAUGUCUGGGACGCUGAUGGUCGCAAAUACCUCGACUUCUGCGGCGAGUAUGCCGCGGGACUUUUUGGUCACAACCAUCCGGUGAUCUCCAAGGCCAUGAUCGAUGCUAUCCAACACGGUACAGCACUAGGUGGCGUCAACCCAGCUGAGGGAAAGGCUGCAUCACUCCUUUGUGCCAGGUUCGAAAGCAUGGACAAAGUGCGAUUUUGCAACUCUGGCACGGAGGCCGAUCAGAUGGCCUUCCAGCUUGCCCGGGCAUAUACCGGACGAAACAAGCUCAUGCUGUUCGAGGGUGGUUACCAUGGUGCCCUGGCGUCGUUCGUUGUAAAGCCUGUACCCGGUGUCAAGUCGAUGAAUAUCCCUGUCGAUAUAGUCGUUGCCGAUUACAACGAUGUAGAAGGCACCCGAGCCCUCAUCCGGCAACAUCAAGACGAUCUGGCAUGUGUUGCCCUUGAGCUCAUGCAAGCUGCCGGGGGUUGUUUACCUGCUACCACCGAAUUUGUCCAGAUGCUACGGGACGAAACUAGCGCAAGUGGUGCACUUCUUCUAUUCGACGAGGUUGUAACAAGCAGAUCCGCGUAUGGUGGCCUUCAGAGCCGGCUUGGCAUAAAGCCUGAUUUGACGACUGUCGGAAAGUGGAUUGGCGGAGGUAGCUGUAACUUCGGUGCCUUUGGUGGCAGUGCCAAAGUCAUGGAUCUGCUAGACCCAACCAAGUCAGGUUCAAUCUCCCACAGCGGCACAUUUAACAACAAUAUGAUCACGAUGCAGGCCAUGUGCGCCUGCCUUGGAGAUGUAUUCACUGAGCAGGAAGCCGCGAGAUUGUGGGAUCUGGGUGAAUACCUGAAGGAUGGGAUUAAUAAGGCUGCGAGUGCCUCCAAUGUCAACAUGCAGGCGACCGGGUGCGGCAGCACACUUACGAUCCACUUCACCCGGAAUAGACUUCGCUCUCGAGCUGAUCUCAAAUCAGUCAAUCACGACUUGACAACCUUGUUCUACCUUGAUAUGCUGCAGAAAGAGCACGCCGAUGUACUUAUCGCUGCUAUAAAAGACUUCAUCGAAGAGAGAAAAGAGCUUGUGAUUUAA